AGCUGUGCUUCACGUUUUGCGCUUCACGCUCGGUCUAUUCUUACCAUGUCUAUGGUUUGUGUACAUAUGGACAGCUGCGGGCCCAACAUGGCGACCAUAGGAAGCAUGGAGGGGGUAACGAUUGCGCUUCUCUGAUUAUUUAGGACUCUACUUGCAUGUAGAAGUCUGUGGGAGCAUCACUGUGCUGGGCUAAGAUGGCGGUAGUGGCGGCAUGGAUAUGAGAGACCCUCUAUGGAGAGUCUCUAAAGACGAAUGGAUGGUGGCGGCCUCUGCACUGUCAUAAGCACACGAUACGAUCGAAAGUACACAUUGGUACACAUGCACUACGUGUGCACCGUGGCGCGGCAGUGGCAGCCGCGCGAGCUUUCGCGCAGGCAGCGGCGGAGAGUAGUGAGCUGCGUCCGUUUGACGUGCCGGGACGAGUCGAGUUGCCGUCGCACGCGACAGACAAGAACACCUGUCGUUUUGCCGUCGUCGUUGGUGUCCGUACGCGCGUCUCUCGCCGCUACGUCGCCAUCGGCCAUUACCUCUGACAUGGAAACCUAUCAAAAUGGCAGAGAUCGUGCAGAUGUUUUUGUUCCUAUACAAAUCUAAGUAUCGUCGGAAAGGCCAGUGGCGGCGAUCUCGUCGCGGCGACGACGACGAGGUCGCCGUGGUGCACGAUCGUGAUCCGCGACAACGUUGGCAUUGCGACGGCCACGGCAGCGGCGCGGUCGCGACGGUGCCGUGGGUGCAUUUCUUACUAUGGGCGGCGCUCGCCUGCUGGGUGGUGCACGUAGGCGCCGCCGCCGCCUCCUCCUCCUCUUCUUCUUCUUCCUUGUCGUUGCCGACGAUGGACUGCGACCCCGACAUCUGCAUCAACGGCGAAUGUGUCAAUGGCACCUGCGUGUGCCGCGAGGGUUGGCAGGGUACGCACUGCCAGUUUUGCGGUGGAAAGGUCAGAUUAUCAGAAAAAAGCGGGAGCAUUCACGACGGUUUCGGCAACUACACGGCGGACGUGAGGUGCUCUUGGUUGAUCGAGAGCAGCCCGGAGACGAAGAUACGGAUGCACGUGGAGCAAUUUGCCAUGGAAUGCAGCUGGGACCAUCUGUACAUCUACGACGGUGACAGCGUCGAGGCGCCGUUGUUGGCUGUCUUUUCCGGCCUGAUGCACAAAAACGGCUAUCACAUACAUCGCGUGCCGGAGAUAAUAGCACGAUCCGGCAGCGCGUUGUUGUACUUUUAUUCCGACGUCGCGUACAACAUGAGCGGCUUCAAUAUUACCUAUAAAGUCAACGCUUGCCCGAGCAGGUAUUCUCAUAUCGACUGUUCCGGCCAUGGUGUGUGUAUCGAAGGCACGUGUACCUGCGACGCCAUGUGGACCGGUGAGGCUUGCGACAUGCAGGUAUGUCCGAACAAUUGCUCGUACCAUCACGGACAGGGCGACUGUGAUCGCGAGAGUCAUCACUGCCAUUGCUCUCACGGCUACAAAGGUGCGGAUUGCGGGCAAAAGAGUGACAAUGGAUACUGGGAAACAGUCACUUACAAAGACCUGCCGCUGGAUGGAUCGGCUAGUCAUUGUUCUAUCGUUUGGAAGGACUCGCUUUACGUGGUCGGCGGUGAAAGUUUCCGUCAUGCCAAGAUGAUAUAUGUGUACGAUUAUAACGGCAAUGUCUGGGAGACACCCCAUGUCGAGGGCCGCGUACCGUUACCACGUUACGCGCACUCGUGUGUAUUGUUUGGUGAUAAAAUAUUUAUGUAUGGUGGCGUCGUGCGCAAUUCUACAGUGACCAACGAAAUCUGGGCGUUUGACGUGUCCGCCAAGGUCUGGGAGAACGUCACCGUGCAUGAUAACUGCCAUAACAAGACGAUAUGUGGACCCCUGCAGGUAGCCGGUCAUACCGCGACUCUGGUGCAAAGCCACGGCAAGAAGGAGAAGAUGGUUGUGAUAUUCGGCUAUUCGCCGCAGUAUGGUUACUUAAACACCGUCCAGGAGUACUAUUUGGGUACGCGCGAGUGGCAGAUCGUCAAGACGAUCGGUUUUCCAGUAAAGGGCGGCUACGGACACAGUUCCGCGUACGAUCCUCUCACGAAUCUCAUUUACGUGUACGGCGGUUACGUAUCGGAAUCGCAGAGUACGCAGGUACUGACCAGUCGACUUUACUCGUAUCAUCCUAAUUAUCGCGAAUGGCGAUUGCUCACGGCAGCGCCGUCGGCACGAUUCUUUCACACGGCUGCGUUCGUCUCGGGUGGACUGAUGUUAGUAUUUGGCGGCAACAUGCACAACGACACCCAACACUCGCUUGGCGCUCGGUGUUACACAGCCGACAUCAUCGGCUACGACGUCACGUGCGAUACGUGGCAUCAAUAUACCAUGCCGCGUGACAUGAAUGAUCUCCCACGUUAUGGUCACAGCGCGACCGUCUUCGAGAAGUCGAUGUACAUCUACGGCGGCUUCAACGGGGAAAUGCUCUCUGAUAUGUUGAGGUAUACUCCGGGCAACUGUGAACAUUUGAGUCAGCCUGAAUGCUUGAGCGCCAGGGUCGGCGUGAAAUGCGUGUGGCAUAAGCGGGAUGGCCGGUGCCUGCAGAUCGCGAAGAUACCGCAGCACGUUCUCAAUCACAAGGACUACGAUGACGUUUACAUGAAGUGUAAAUUGGACGACACGCCGCCGCGCGGUAUGACGUCGCACGAGGAACUCUGCAAGCUCUUCACCGAUUGUGUUGCCUGUGUACAGACCUCGUACAAUUGCGUGUGGUGUGGUAAGAGCUGCCUGCACGAAAAAUGCAGGGACCAUCCGUACUCGCUGAACUCGCGACGCAUCGUGGAACUGGAAGAGUGCGACGCGAACACUGGCAUCGAGUGCCUGCAACUGCACACGUGCCAGGCCUGCUCCAGCAACCCGCGUUGCGUCUGGUCGUGGUCCAACGGACCCGAUCGUUGCAAGCCGCAGUCGAAGACUCGAGAGGUGAGCGUGAUGAACAAUACGAUCCAGGCGCAGCGCCUAACUAUGGACACGUGCCGCAAUCCGUGCGUGGACUAUACGUCGUGUCGCAAUUGCACAGAGUCCGAUUGCAUCUGGUGUCAAAACGAAAUCAAGUGCGUGGACAAGAACGCGUACGCGGUCAGUUUCCCGUAUGGACAGUGUCGCGAGUGGACGGCGACAGAUGCCCGGUGCCGUGCUACGGAAACCGGCAAGGAGUGGUGCAGUUUCUACUCGUCGUGUGCUACUUGUCGCUCGGAUCCCGGAUGUGGCUGGUGCGACGACGGGUCGGGCACCGGGAAAGGCCUCUGCCUACCUGGUGGAGCCCGUGGUCCCAGCAGCAAGAGCUUGAACAUAUGUCCACUCGACCAUUGGUACUUCACGAAGUGUCCGACCUGUCAGUGUAACGGUCACAGUAAGUGUCUUCCAAACAGCAGCGAAUGCAUUCAGCCAUGUGGCAAUUUGACGUACGGAUCACACUGCGAAAAGUGUAUCCCCGGCUAUUACGGCAGUCCACUUAACGGAGCGACGUGUCAGCCCUGCUCCUGCAAUAAUCAAGGCACACAGUGCACUAGCGAAACUGGCAAAUGUUUUUGCACCACCAAGGGCAUCAUCGGGGAUCACUGCGAGCGCUGCGACGUAUCCGGUCUUUAUCACGGAGACCCUACGAACAAGGGCUUCUGUUUUUAUGAUUUGGCUAUUGACUACCAGUUCACAUUCAACCUAAGUAAAAAGGAGGACCGUCACUACCGCGCAAUCAAUUUCAAGAACUCGCCGCCAAAGGCCGACAUCGACGCCGAGUUCUCUAUCACUUGCUCCGUGCUUGCCAAGAUGAACGUUACCAUAAAGAAAGUGAACACCCCGGAAAAGUCAGUGCUGCUCGGCGCGAAUUGCACCACCACUAUGUACAAACAUCGUUUCAGCAAGGCGGACUACAAUUUCGGCAGCGAAGAUAACAACAGCCUCACCACGUUCUACGUGUAUGUCUACGACUUUCAACCGCCGCUCUGGAUACAGAUCUCGUUCUCCCAGUACUCGAAACUGAAUUUGCAACAAUUUUUCGUAACGUUCUGCACAGAUCACGCGCGACUGUACAGGUGCUUCCUCGCCCUGCUACUGGUGGCUGCUAUUCUCUGGAAGAUCAAGCAGAAGUAUGACAUGUAUCGACGACGACAACGCCUCUACUUGGAGAUGGAGCAGAUGGCCAGCAGAGCGUUCAGUCAAGUUGUCGUAGAGAUCGAAAGACGCGACAUCGAUAACUUGGACCCGGAGCACGAUGAUACUGAAUUUACCAAUUGUCGCAAGAGGAAAAAGGAUGCUCCUAGUCCGAUCGCGUUGGAACCCUGUUGCGGAAACAGAGCUGCAGUCCUGUCGCUGUUGGUCAGAUUGCCGACCGGCGGUGAAUCUUACACGCCAGCCGGACAAAGUGCUGGCAUAGCCGUUGCGUCUGCUUUAGUCACGCUGGGCAGUCCGCGCAGGCCGUCUCAGGAACUGAUGACGAAGGAGCCGAAGAAGACGCGGAAGUCUGCUAGCCAACAUCCGGAUUCCACGUGCAUUUAACGAUGAACCAGUGACGGAGGGGAGUUGCGAUGGGCAGGCGUAACUGCGACGAGCCUUAUAGUUGUUUCUGUGAUCUUGUCCGCGCGGCAGGGCGACUUUUAUCCUCGAAUUCGAACGGAGUGAAUCAAGUGCGAAGCGAGAACAGCAACGUUCGCGAGAAUUCUCUUGUCGACGCGUGCGGCUAAACCGGUGAAUCGAACAAUUCUUUUAUCGUGGAUAUUUUAUCGUGGAGUUGGGCGUUUAAUGCUCGAAUAGAUAUAGAUGUAUGCACGACUUUUCUUAUUGAGUAGAGGAACACGCCUUUCGCCGAAGAGCGAAUGAAAUGCUGCUGCUGCUGACUGCGUCCGCUGAUCAUGGUAAGCAACAGUUUCUGUUUAGACUUGCUGCAUGAGGUGUCUCUGUGCUUCGAGAACGACGCCGGUUCAUCGGUUGGCGAGUUCUCUUUGUGAAUCUCGAUUGACGAUGCGUUGUACAGUGUUGUAUAUAAGUGAUCAGACGAUCUACAUUUUCUUCGAAGAAGUUACGAUAAAGAGUGUAUGGAUAAACUGGCCUCGCGCGCGUGUAUAUUUGAAAAGCUUUUAUCCGCUGCUUUAAAAAAAAAAUGAUUCAGUUAUGAUCAAAAAUAUAAUACACGUAAUUCUUGAAUAUAGAUUCAAUAAAUUUUCAGAUGAUUGUCUUUCAAAAAUUAUUAAAGGUUUAGAAGAUGAAAGCUUAUUUAAGACUGAAAGAUUAAAUAUUGCAUAUCCAUCAUAAGAUCUUUUAUUCCUAUAAUUUCUCUUCUAAAUGCAAAUAUCUAUGAUAAAUCUAACGGAGAAGACCAUUCAGAAUAUUUAUACGUAGCGGAUAAAAUCUUUUUUUGUAAAUGCCAUAAAAGUUAUUAAAAAAUCCAUUAACCACGUUAUUGAAAUGAUUGAAUUCGAAGAAGUACAACACUUCGACGUAAGCUGUAAAUAAGCUGUAUUUUUAUUGGGCUCGGAAAUGAGAGCGCAGAUCUCUUUCUCGUCAACAAUGAAGUUCAAAAGGCAUACGACACUAAAAUAGGCAGGGAGAAUCGAAUCCAGUCGGUGAGUACGAGGAAUGAUUCAUUAUUUCAUGCAUCUCGUUUGUAGCAUAUGAAUGUGUAAUAAGAUUCAUAUUCUAAAUCGAUCGAAGUGAGUAGAGACAUCACAAUUAGAGCAGACGUAGAAAAGGCAUAAGAUAUUUGGUCAUGCGUGCAUUUUGCAUUAGAGUAUUGUGCCAAAUUAGCAUUCCUUUUUUUAUAUGAACGCAAACAUUAUUUGACGAGGUGAGACUUGGUGAGCUAAAAUUGGUCGAACAAGCAAGUAUUUUUACAACUAUCUUUAAUUAAAAAAUUUUUUUAAAGUUUUUAAUUUUCGUUUUAUUUCUUUAUUUCCAUUUUUUUAUUUAUGUCACUCCGUAACUAUGCUGUAAUUACAACUCCGUGUGUGAUUCAAAAAUUUAAAGAAAUGUGAUUGGAAAUUUGUAGGAUUGGAAUAUUGAAUAAUUAAAAGUAAUAAGAUAUAAAUAAGAAAUUUUAGUGAAUUUGCCGGUGAUAUUAAUCUAGUGGAACAAGGAAAUGAAUUUAGUCAUUGCAAAAGCAGCUUGUUUGGUUUUAUUUGUUUCUGUUUUGUAACGAUGCUGGUUACUCGUUACUUGUGCAUAUAUAUUGGUUGCAUGUUGAUUUUUCUAAGCAUUUAAGUAAUGCGUUUAUAAAAUUAGCAUGUUCUCACCUUUUCUCAGGAAUUUGCAAGCUUCUGCUUGUGUCACAUUAUUUCGUCUUUUUGUACUUGCAUCGGAGAGAAUAAUUAAAUUAUUAUAUUAAUAAAUCAUAUACUUCCAUUUUUAUAUUGGAUUCGUACUUUUCUUCUCACCGUUUCAAAUAUGAGAAGAUACAAUUUACUAUAAAGACUUUGUGAUUUUUGUAUGCAUGAUUAAUGAGGAAUGACGGUAAUAGUUUAUAAUAUAGUGUGUUUUAUCACUUAUAAAGAAAGUUUCAACACUCCAAAUCGUCAUUCGUGUGGAAUGUAUUUGUAUUGAGACUGUAGAUUAGUCUUUUUUUUUAAAACUGUCACAGUAACACGAGAAAGGGGAAUUGCUGUAAGAUAUUCUAAAUCGGUCGAAGUGAGUAGAGAUGAUGUCACAGUCGUAUAUGUAUUAUCAUUCGUAUAUGUAUUAUUACGUAUUUUUUCUAUGGAUACAUUAACUUCUGUUACAGUAAUUAAGCCAUCUUUUUUUACUCGGAUGUGAUUGUAUGUUAUUUAUAUCUGUGGUGGUGUCGGAUCGAGUCGGAUGAGUAAUAAACGUUAAUUCUCGGUUAUUACUCGGAUUGGUAAAUGUAAAUGUAAUGCAUUUUAUUCUGACAUUUAAUACUCAUAUAAUUUCCCGACUUUAUAUACUGAUUAAAAUAUUAAUUUAUGUAAAAAUCGUGUCGAAAGACAUACAUAUAUGUAUAUGCAUAUUAUAAAUUAAAAUCCUUCCUUUUUAAGCAAUAUAUAUUUUUCGUACCAAAGAAAAAUAGAUGUGAAUAAAUCGUUAUUGCGCACGUAGAAGGCUAGAUAGCAUAAUUGAUCGACAUAAUCAAUCAAUUAUUAUAUAACAAUUAGAAAGAAAAUCAUAAUUAUUGGCCACGUCCAAAAAAAUGGUCUUUCGUUUCAAUAUUGAUUCAUAUAUAUGUAUAUGAAUAUAUAUAUGAUUACCAUUUGUUAUUAAAUUUAGUUUUUUUUAUACGAUCACUUUUUGUAUUCAAAUAGCAGUCUCAUUUGAGAGAUAAUUAUAACAGUUCUCUUGUGAGCGCCAAAUAUGAAAAAUAUUUUAUUAAAAUAUAUUUUAUAUCGAAUAUAUAUAUUGUAUAGUAACAUAUCUUUUUAUCAUAUGAUUUGUGUAAGCGUAUAAGCACUUUUAAUCCCUUCGUUGCUGCAAAUCACUUAUAUUCAUUCUUGAUUAUUUCUGUAUUUUAAUAAUAAAUUAUGAUCUACAAACAAUUUUAUAUUACACGUAUGAUUUUGGCAACGACGGGAUUCAGAUCUAAAUGCAAAAGUUUCUAAAAUAUUAUUUAUCUAAACAAUUAUACGAUAAAUUUUUGCAUUAUUGAAAAAUACACUUUCAUUAGCCAAUCAAUAUUGUUUCACGAUAAUUUAUUACAACGUUGUAUAAACAUCGAAUUAUGUUCUCAAUGUUGCUUUCAAAUUGUCAGGACGACGCUCCACCGGCGCCUAUUUUCGUUUUUCUUUUUCAUUUCGUUUUUAAGCUAUACUUAAGAGUUUUACUAUCGAGAGGCGGCUCGCUCUCGGAGAGUAAAUUUCUCGAAUAAACGACACUCUUUAAUCGAAAUUUGCUCUCGAUUCGAUUAAAUCUAAUCUCUGUCGGAAAGUAAACUGCAAAGAAAUGUUCAUUAAAUGUUUGCUCUUUUUUAAUUCUGUAUCAGCUAGGGAUCGUCGCUGUCGAAAGUCGCUCUCGAAGAAUGAAACUCUCAAGCGUACACUUGAGCUUCGACCUUCUGUCUGUCGCGUACAUCGUAAUAACUGUAACACUGCCAAUGUAAUAUUCCUCGACUUCGUUAAUCUUUUACAAUCCGCUUCGUCUUCAAGCCCUCGAGACGAUGGCCGAGCCCUCCGAUCGAUCUUUGUGACUGCAUUGAUGGCACGCGUUAACCAUCGUUAUUCCGCAAUCUCGUCUUGUCUCUUUCUCUCUUCAAUCUUGUACCACUGUUGUUCGCGAUCACGACGGGACCAGCGUUAUUCAUCGCUCUCGAGUGUCUUAAAAGGCUUAAGUAAUAUUAAAGUAGAGUAGUCUAGUACGUACAUACACGUAUUUACUUUUUCUUCAUCUUCACUUACGAGAAUUGCACGUAGCAUUGCACGUAGCAUUGCACGUAGCAUUGCACAUGAUGCAUCAUAAAAAUUAAAUUAUGUAUGUAUGUACAUAGGAGUGAUAUUUCCGUUAGAGAAAUAUGCUAUCGCCAAGCGAAGGCCCGCUUUAUUGUAUAAACUCCAAGGUAUCUCUUUGAAUAGGAUACAUUCGAAGGAAGUAGAACGGAGGUAGUUGAUUGUAUAAUAGAACGAUUAGAACUACUAGAACUAAAUUAAUGCAAGCGAGAUUACUAGAAUCAAAUUUGUAAUUGUGCGGAUUGUAUCGAUGGACUUAUGCAUUUGUGUGCGAGAUUGUCCGUGAAACUCUUGAUAAAGAUACCGCGAAAGAGCGAACGAGCAUCGUGAGAGGUCCUGUCGCGAUCCAUUGACUCUCUUCGAGUUUCUCUUUUCGAUUCAAAGAUAAGAAAGGAGCGAUCGAAGAGCCUCACUUCCCGCAAAGGGCUCAAAGAACAUUUAAUCUUUCUCUGAUGAGGGAGGUCUUUGAAAUCUCUAAUCAUAAGAAAUAGAUCUUAGAACUGGAGGGCAUGAGAUGUAAGAUAUAUCCAUUUAUAUGGAUCGAUUCAAGUCACCGAUCUUAGCCAUUAAGGAUUCUUAAGCGCCGGUAUGUAAGACUCGAUGAAAGAAAGAGUGGUGAUGCUCGAGAGCGACGAGCUAGCAGAUGCGGGAACACAGAGAGACAGGCGUACGAUGAGAAUACUUAGCAACCUAAAUAGAUAAGUCCGACAUGUAUAUUAUACAUAGCUUGCAACUUUUCUAUAUAGGGCACGAUCGAGAAUAUUUAUUUUUAUUCGAGCGUGAGCAUGUGAAAAACACAAACUGUUUGAUAAAAGUCUGUAAAUCAACGGAAUAAGUGGUGGAGCGAUUGUGAAAUCUCUCGACACAAGUCCUUCAAUCUUGCGAAUAUUCUUGGGAAACGCAUAGCACAUACUGAAACGCGCGUUUAUGUAUACAGCGUCAUUAACACAUUUAUUUAACAUGAUACAUUUAUUACAUCAAUUUUGUCUACAUUGCUCAAAUUGUCGUGCUCGAGCUGUGCACGUAUUGUGUAGGCAUUAGUACUUUAUAUUUGUUGAUUAAAAAUCCACAUUAUUGUUCAAAAUUGUAAUAGUCCUUGGAUAAUUAAAUAUGUAUCUAAUAUUAAAUACUGAUAGAAAUAUGUGACGCGAUGUAUACCCAGUAAACGCGCGUGAACAUUAAAUAAUGUAAAGUUUAAGAUCAUCAAUCUGCGUAUUACUAUCGCUCUAUCAUGAUUCUUAUUAAUAUUGUCAGAAAGAGCGAAAUAUUUCAAAUAUCAAAACGGUUUCCAUUUAUUUUCAAUCAUUUCUUCUUUGUGACAUUUCAAUUUUUCUUCUACGGCCGCUAUACAUUAUAUCCUAACUAUUUUUACUCGUUACCAGAAAAGAAUAAAAUCACAAUCGUAAAAUCUUAAAAUUGCAAUUCACUCCUGUUUUGAACACUCGAUAUUUUUCACGGAUCACCCGCUAAAAUUGCUGGAGCUUAGAAAUGACCACUUUCUUCGUAUAAGCUCAGUAUUUGUAUAUAAUGACACGUGAGAAGGAAUAUUAUUUUAUUCUAAGCGAUAGGAGAGCAACGAAGGAAUACUACUGAAACGAUUGUAUCUUAAAAUCGUUAAUCUGUUCGUUUUUAAAGCACGCGCGAGAAGUCGAAGAUAGUUCUCAAUUCUUCCUUUGAGCGAAUUAUUUUUUAGUCGAAUUAUUAUAUCUUUUUAUUUCGUAUUUUGUUCAUUCGAUCUAUUUAUUCGAUAUACAGCAUUUUUAGAUAACAAAUGCUCUGAACUUCUUCGAUUGAGCUUGACAUACUUACUAUUGUAUGUUUAAGUUAUUUUUAAGUUUUAUAAAACAGGUUUUCAUUUUCGUUUUUUUAAUUUUUUAAAGAUCUGAACGUAGAGAUAUAUAUUAGAAUUCGUUACGCGAAUGAUUUUGUGCGUAGCAAUUAGACAAUAUGUACAUACUUUAAAGUCAACCAAGAUUCGUAGAAAAUUUCGAAUCUUUUCACACUAGUUGUCUCAUUGAAUUAAAGCGUUGUUUAGAUCAGAUGAUUCUACAUUAUCAUUAAAACCGAUGAAGAUUUUGUAUCGUUCGUUUCAUGACGUGCACAGGUGUUAAAUAUUAAUUUAGAGUUUAUACUACGUAAAAAUACAAAGGCUGAUAUUCUUAACUUAUUUUUAUCGAUAAAAAUCCCUUUAAUGUGACUUCUUAGUAGCCAAUCAGGUAGUUUUAAGUCACUUUUAGAGAGCUUUUAUCGAUAAAAACUUGACUUGAGAAUAUGGAUCAAUAUUUUUUUAAAUUAGUAAUACAAUUAACUUAUAUAUCUAAGACACACAAACAAUUUCUCUUGAAAAUGUGUUUAAAUAAAAAUAUAAUCGCAGAAAAAUUAUGCCAUAGUCAAAGUUUCUUAAAUUAAUUUAAACAUUUGAAUGCGGAGAAUCUAUUUGCUCUCAGGAAAAUGUUUAACACGUGUGCGCGCGAUACUUGUCAAUAUUUGCGAUAAAAUUCAGCGCGUGUGCUAAAUUUCUGAACUGUUGGAAGUCAAGUGAGACAUUAUGUGAAAAGGGCAAAUAACGUGAAUAUAUUUUGAGAAAUUGUCGCGAGCGUGUUGUUGACAACACGCGAGAAAAGUAUAAAUGAUUGCAGCUUUGUAUGUACAUAGCUUAUCAUUCGAUCAUAUAUCCAGCUUUAUCUAGUCAAUAAAAGAUGAACGUGAUUGCGUGCAAUGGAUGGUUGUAAUAUCGACGAGUUGUAAAUCGAUGGGAUUUCGUUUCGGUUGUAUUUCGCGAAAUGCGAUCUGCGAAUUCGCAUAUGUAUCUCGAACGGCAUGAGCAGAGAGCCUCGCAUUCUCCAAGAGCGAUCUUUGAGAGUAAAAAUUCUUCGUUGGAGAAAGAGUGAUUCUUCGUCGAUCGUCCAUCCAAUUUUUACUCUGUAAAAAUGGCUCUUGAUAGUAAAACUUUUCGCACGACAUAGAAUUAUUCUCAAUGAAUGUUCAAAUUUUUGUCUCAAAUCUCAAAGUUUUGUCCUUCGAGCGAUAUUCGAAGAUAAUUCUUCGAGUCUGCUUUGGACAGGUAUGCACUUGAGAGCUUUACUCGCCGAGAGCAAUUUAAUAAAUCCCCAAGUUCCGGAAUAAGUUUAAAUUAAGUUAUCGAGAGAAAAGAAUACCUGAGGAUUUUGCUUUUGCUCUUGAUAGUAAACAUCGUAAGUAACAGAUUUGUAUUUCUUGUGAGGCACUCCUAGGCGAUAAAAUCUUUGAAUAUAUGCAUUAGUUUACUUAAGCAUUAUAGCUUAAGUAAAACAAAUACUUCUCAACCGUGCAAUUGGAAGCGGACUUUGUACUUUAGUUGUUCUUUGUCGAUACGUCAAAUAAGUUGACAGAAUUAGUGAUUUACAAACGAAAACAAUUGGAAUGAGAGAGACUGGCAUUCUCUGCUGUGCAAGAUAUUUAUAUACAUGAAAUUUUUCACGAUUACUUCGUCCAUAAUAUUAUAAUUUAUUUUCACAUUUUUACAUAGCUUACAUAUUUCUGUCAUGUAUUACUUCUACGUGCGAAGAUUAAAUUUAAUUUAUCGCAUCGUCAAUUCUCUCACGAAUGGUCAUGACAUCAGAAAAUCGAUCGUGAGAUACGCAAUCGCGCACUAUUGAGAAAUCGGGAUAGUCAAGAGGAUUCAGUAUAACUCGAACUGUGAAAAGAGGCAGACAAAAGACAUUUUUCUUAGAAAUCUCAUCUUGACUAAAGCACUAGGGAAGAAAAUUGAAAGCGAAGAUGAACAGAAAAGAAGAGAGAUGUAGUGAGAGAAUCCGCAUGCCUGUGUAUGAGUUUGUGUAUACAUACGUGGAAACUGUGAGCGAAAGAGUUGAAAUUAUGCCCGUAUUUUUAUGCUAGAAGUUAGAAUGCGUAGAGAAUUACUAUGAAUGUCGCGCGAAUGUGAGCAGAAGAUUGGGAGGUAUAUAUAUAUAUA